UGCUUUAGAAAAGCAUAUCAUUUCACACCCAAAUCUAAAAACUCGACAUACAUUUCAGUAUCCAAAAGUUGAGAGCUUGAAAGCACCAAUCAUACUCUAAUCUAUUCGCGGGCGACGGCUAUGCUAUAGAAGCUAUCCUACGCAACGAUAAAACAUCAAGCUCACGGAGGAUGUUUCGUCAAAUCAAUAGUGGCUGUAUGUGCAUGGCCAUGCGUUCCUUGACUCGCAGUGUGUCCGUGGGGCCACUCCGCUGGAACCAAAAGGAUCCCAAGGAGAAGACCGACACCACAAAAGAGGCCUCAGCCCUCGUGGUCCUCAACGAUGAGCAGAAGAAACGGAGGCUGAACCGCCGUGACCAUUUGCGACUGAUGUACACGGAGAGCCGGACAAACCCCAAAGUGAAGGAACAGGUCGUUCAUAUGCAAGGUUACUCAACAGAUCAACAGAUCAAGAUCAACAGGAAGCCGCUUGAUCCUGCACGAUUGGAACUUGUGAAUCUGAAGUGGAAGGAGAGCCAGCAAGAGAUUGAAAUCCGAAUGCACAAGGCAGACAAAAAGAAGAAGUACGUCUCCCGAUUCGAGAUGCACGCGGGCCGGAAGGAGAAGAUCAAAUAAUCGACCCCUCCCCCUAGCUAGAUCUCUCCCACUGACUUGUGCAUUCAACCGUUGAGUACCAGGCUCUUAAACACGUAAUUGUUAAUUAUAAAAAUUCUUGUUAUCAUCCAGCAAAGAUCAAAAGUACACCAGUUGGCGCUUCUA